CGACCGACAAAACCCGAUCCGUCGGGUCGGCUUAUUACCCGUCCCUGCCCCUAUGCCAACCCGACCCGACCCGACCCGAAAUCGGGUCAGGUAGUACCCGACCUAUUAAACCCGGGUCGGGUUGACAUUUUCCGAGCUCCGACCCGACUUGACCCGACCCGAACCCGGCAUCGGGGCCGGGCGAAUUACGCGAGGCGGCCGUCGAGGUUCGGCCGGACGAGGAGGGUCCACUCUCUGGAUACAUCCAGGCCGCCCCAACCCUCUCAGGCUCCCCCCCGCCAGAGCUUGCGCCAGAGGGAGCAAGACAGCCCACGGGGGUUCCGACCGCCCCCUCCCCUCUCCCACCCACACAGGUUGGCACUCCGGCAGCCCCAACGCGGGUGGAAGCCUCGGUCCAACCCUCCUCACUAUGCCCCUCCCCAUCUUCUGCCACUGCAGGUGCCCCCCGCACUGACCAUGGCACAUGCCCAGGCGGCCAAAGGGGCGCUCCCCACAAGAAGGGCAAGCAGGGCGAACUCUCGGGGGGGAGAUUUAAGUCGAACAAACUCCCUCUCAGCCCAUGACGCCUCACCGCGGCGAAUCCCACCUCACAAGCCCCACAGCUGAGCCUCGGGCAGGGCGCAGCCAUCGGGGGCCUCACUCCGCUUCCCUUCCCUAUGGCCCAGCCUAUCACACCCCCAUCUCGUUCCCCCCUUACCCCGCCCACGCAUCCCACCCGGGACCCUCUUUCUACAAUCCAGCCCUCACUCCCCGCCCGCCUCUUUGUACAAGCCCCAGGCUUCAUCCCCACCCCCAGGACGGCUCGGCGCGCAAGCGCAAGCGCACGCUCACCCGACACAGUCACCCGUCGUCGGCGACCAGGCCCGCUCACCCUCCCAGCCAUCCCACCCCCAACCACAGCGGAGGGUGGUCACCCUGCGGACCUCGGUGGGACGACCUGUCGGCCCCGGUACAGGUCGCCGGAAGGGGAGCAAGACCAAAGGGGCAUCGGGGACAGCUCGGCCACCGGGGCAGACGGACAGGAGCUCAGCCGAGAUGGAUAUCGAUACAGAGGCGGAGGGAGCGACUCCAGCACCUCCCAAGCAGCCCUACAUCCCCCCCCAGCGUCGGCCUCCCCCUCCCAUCUCUUCCUCCCCCCCCCGCCCACAUCCUCCCACCCAGGUCCAGGGCCGAGACGGCCCACCCACCAUGACCAACCAACGUGCCGUCCUUCCCCCACCCACAGGCGGACAGUCACAGGGGGCGGACUGGGAGACGGAGGCGGCAGUCGCCGACCUGCUCGGGAUCUGGAGCAUAUCUGCUACCCCCUCUGCGCCCCCCCUAGGCCCAGCACCCCGGGCCGCGAGCGACCUGGCCGACGACCCCCAUGCCGCCGCCCGGUUAUCUCCCUCCACAGCCCUCGCACCAGAGCGGAUGGCCAUCGACGACUCAGACGCGCCCCUUGCCCCCCUCACUCGGCCCAGGCGGGACUACGCCUCGAGGCGAUCGUACCUACGCUUUGUCAGCACACACGCACUCUGGCCCUCCCCUAGAGCCUGAUGCACCCCUUGCCCCUGCCACCAUCCCACCACCCCACACGGCCACAGCUCAGUCUCCUAUGGUCUCCCCUCUCAGCUCACGUCGGGAAGGAGCGUUUCCGCGGCCGAGUGCUAUAGACCCUCACCCCCCACCCACACCAGCUCAUGGCUUGACACCCGCGGCCGACCCCGCCACCGGUGUUUUCCCCUCCCCCCAGGAUGCAGGGGCCGCACCUAGGCCCUCGAGCCCCCCGCCGACCCCUCCCCCUCUUUCGACAUUGCCGCCGCCGCUGACCCCUGUCCGACCCCAGGUGGCAGGUGAGCCUCCUUCCCCGAUGGCGGGCGACUAUCGACCGGACCCGGUGGUCGAAUCGGCCGCCUCCACCGCCAGCUCUGACGAGACCGGCCACACCGAUCACGCGGACGAGUCCACGCCAGCCCAUGAGGUGAGAUGUCCCACGUGCCUUCACCUCAUGGCGGACGACAGAGCUCUCCGACACCACACACCUCACUGCACCCCGAGCGAUGAGGCACGCCGUGUGCAGGCCCGCCAGGAGGCCGCCUCGGUCCGCGGGUCACUCUCACGCCCGGAUUCAUCUGUUCCCGUCUUUUCGGACACGCAGUGGGCGCAGCUGGACUCUGUGGAUUGGAGAGAGUAUUUGUUUCCGUCCUGGACGCAUGCUCGCCCGCUCCGGUGCAUCCCGUCGAGGGUCCGAGGAGGCAUCUCUGAUGUCCUCCGUGAGAUCACCUCCCGUAUGGAGAAGUAUCCGGACGCCGACGGCCCCCACAUCUUGUUCACGGCGGUGCCGACGCUGUUCUUAGCGCCGGCCACUCCACCAGAGCGGGGCCACACAGCUUCCAUCGCGGCUCGCGUCGCACGCUUCUUCCGAGGCUGGGUGGUUCUGCAGCUGGACGUGGCCAACGCCUUUAACUCUUUCUUUCGCGACGUCUUGUUCCAGGCACUGCAUGCCAGUCCUGAGUUCAGGUGCCUCAUUCCAUUCAUCCGUCUUUUUUACGGCACGCCGUCCGAUCAGCUCUAUCGGACUGGCAGGGGAGUCACCACGAUGCACUCGAAGCGCGGCACUCGGCAGGGAGACCCGCUGAGCCCGUUUCUCUACGCCCUCACGCAGCGCCUUGCCCUGGAGCCCGUCCUGGCAGGGGGUGACGUCCAGCUCUGGUCGUACGCCGACGACACCUACCUCGUGGGCCCUCCGGACAGGGUGCUGCACCACUUCACGGAGGUCGUGAGGCGCUUGGGCGAGUUGGGCCUUGCUGUCCAGCCGCACAAGUGCCUUGUCCAUCACACGUCGGUGAUCCUGCCUCGCGACGUGCAGGCUUUCACCGAUCUGGGCAUCGAGGUCGCACGCCGGGGGCUCACCGUGACGGGCGUUCUGGUAGGCACCGAUACCUUUGUGACGAUCAGCCUGCGCGACCGACUGGAGAGGAUGGCUGGGGUGCUGCCGUGGCUCCCGAGGCUGCGGCAGCCACAGACAGCGGCGCGCCUGCUCUCCGCGUGUGUCAGCACACGUCCGCAGUACCUGGCGCGGACAGUCCCCCCAUCACCAGAGGUACGUGCCAUCUUUGCAGCGUGGGACGCGUGCUUGGGAGCGACCCUCCAGCAGCUCCUGGUGCGAGGUACGUGGAGGGAGAGGUAUGCGAUCUGUGAGGCAGCCCUGGAGCAGGCUUUCCUCCCGAUCCGCAUCGGGGGCUUCGGCAUCCGACGCAUGGAGCGCAUCGCCCCGGUGAGUUAUCUCUGUUCGUGGGUGCAGUGCGCACCGAUUCUCUGCUCGUUGCCGUCGGUGGGGGAGGGCUUCCGUCAGAGCUUCGCAUCAGGUGACCCCACCCAGAUCGAUCCGUACAUCAUGAUGGCUUAGGAGGCCCUGCCGGCGGACGUCCUACGCCUCAUGCCAGCCUGGCCUUCUUGCGCGACAGGAGCACCGGACGGCCUCUUCAGAGAGGCCAGCAGACACAUCGAGACGCACGCUUUGGAGUCGGUACGUGCCCGUCAUACUAAUCCCUUGCAUCUUGCCCGUUUGACAUCCUUUCAGGGUCCAUGUGCGAUAGCUUGGCUUACGGCGGUACCCUACGCGGACUCCGUGCCCAUUCCGGAGGUGCAGUGGCAGGUGGCUUCAUGCUUUCGUCUCGGUCUCCCCAUUCUCCAGAAAGUCCUGGCAGGUCAGUGCUCGUGCGGAGAGGAGAUCGCCGACAUGUCGGUGCCGCAUCACGCGGUGAGGUGCGCACGCUUCGCGGUCGCCACGACCAUCCACGACACAGUGAAGUACAUGCUUCGUGACUUCGCGGACGAGGCCGGCUUCGCUGUCCAGGUGGAGGACACGGCGCUCAUUCCGCACCUGGAGGCGACGCGAGCUCGACUGCAGGCGCGGCUAGAUGCAUUGAUGGUGAUUGUAGACGUCUCGGUGGCAGACCCACAGCGGGAGGGGAAUGCGCAGUUCACGCGCAUGGCACCCACUCUGAUUGGCGGCGCAGCAGCUAGGCGGGUGCAGGAUAAGCUGCGACACUGGAGGCCGGUGUUACAGGGGUUGCAGCCGGAUCCAGAGUUGUACGCCUGCGUAGUGGAGAUUUUUGAAUGCUUGAGUGAGCCACUGCGGCAGUUCCUAGGGCUGUGUGCAUCGCGGAUAGCACGGCGGAGGAGAGAUUCAGGGGCAGGGGAUGACGGGUCGGCACGGAUAUUCGAGACGAGCCU